CCUGACACAAGCUCCCCGGGAAACCUCAGCGAACCGCGCCGCCGAGCGAGAGAACCCACCCGCCGCAGACGAGAGAAAAUCGGAAGAGAGCGAGAGAAGAGCCAUGAGCCACUCCUCCUCCACCAUGCGCAACUCCGGUUCCGCCUCCACCUCCUACCGCCGGGCCUUCGGGGGUCCCGCCCCCAUGUCCUCCUUCUCCCCCGUCUCCUCCCGGAUGUCGUACGGCGGGGGCCGCUACCUCAGCUCCAUGCCCCCCUCCCUGGCCUCCCGCUCGUCCGGCUUCCGGCUGCGCUCCAGCAGCUCCCCGGCGCCCCGCCUGUCCUACGACAAGGUGGACUUCACCCUGGCGGAGGCCGUCAACCAGGAGUUCCUCAGCACCCGCAGCAACGAGAAGGCCGAGCUGCAGGAGCUGAACGACCGCUUCGCCAGCUUCAUCGAGAAGGUGCGCUACCUGGAGCAGCAGAACGCCGGGCUGCAGACCGAGCUCACCCAGUACAAGGGCAACAAGCAGGAGCCCAGCCGCGCCGACGAGCUCUUCCAGCGCGAGCUCCGGGAGCUGCGGCAGCAGAUCGAGCACAUGGGCAAGGAGAGGGACGGCAUGCAGGUGGAGCGCGACAACAUGGCCGAAGACCUGGCCCUGGUGAAGCAGCGGCUGGAGGAAGAGACACAGAAGCGAGCUGAAGCUGAGAACAACCUGGUCCUCUUCCGCAAGGAUGUGGAUGAUGCCACUCUCUCCCGCCUGGAGCUCGAGAGGAAGAUCGAGUCCCUGAUGGAUGAGAUCGAGUUCCUGAAGAAGCUGCAUGAUGAGGAGAUCCAGGAUGUGCACGUGACCGUGCAGUCCCAGCAGAUGAAGAUGGAAGUGGACACCUCCAGGCCCGACCUGACCACUGCCCUGCGCGACAUCCGGGCCCAGUACGAGAACAUCGCCGCCAAGAACAUGCAGGAGUCCGAGGACUGGUACAAGUCCAAGUUUGCUGACCUGACCGACUCAGCCAAACGCAACAACGACGCUCUGCGUCAGUCCAAGCAGGAGUCCAAUGAGUACAGGAGGCAGCUCCAGUCCCUGACCUGUGAAAUUGAUGCGCUCAAGAGCACGAACGAGGCCCUGCUGAGGCAGAUGAGGGAGAUGGAGGACCAGUUUGGCGUGGAGGUGAGCGGGUACCAGGACUCUGUGUCCCGUCUGGAGGAAGAGAUCCGCCACCUGAAGGACGAGAUGUCCCGCCACCUGAGGGAGUACCAGGACCUGCUCAACGUCAAGAUGGCGCUGGACAUCGAGAUCGCCACCUACCGGAAGCUUCUGGAGGGCGAGGAGAGCAGGAUUACUGUUCCCAUCAAUGUCUCAUCUAUGACUUCCCAUCGUAAUGCUGAAAUAGAUGACCACCACAACACCCCAAGCAAGAAAACUGUGGUGAUCAAGACCGUUGAGACUCGCGAUGGGGAGGUGGUGAAGGAGUCCAGGAAGGACAGGGAUUCAGAUAGGGAUGAUUAGACAGAAGAUUGGCCGCUUGUUCCAGCUCCAGAAAAAGAAGAAUGAUAACAGAAGAAUAACAUUAAAAAAAAGAAGAUUAACUGAAAAUAAAUAAUUGAAUGAAGAGUAAACUAUGCCAAAAUAGUACACGGUCACAACCAAGUCCACACCUUUCACACUCUCUCUGAGCUUAAGAAAGUUGUCGAUUGUCUACAGUACUGAAGCUCAGGCCCAAGGCAGCUUUCUAUUAGGCCCAUGAGAAACCUCAGGCCAAUUGCACCUCCGUUUAAAACCUCGACUCCUAAUGGGGUUUGCUUUCUGCGGUGCGUCCAUCUAACCAUUCCUCACUGACAGCCAUACUGCCACACAGAUAGAGAUGAUUCCCAGCUGGCUCUGGCAGUCUCGAACAAGCUGGGGUUCCCGUCAGCCCUCUAUCUGUUCCCUGGUUAAGUGAACUAUAAUGCAUACCUCUGCCCUGAAAGUCUCUUCGGGUGCUCACCUUAAACAGCUGUGUUGUCGAGCCCCUAGUCCAGCAGGGUGGAGUCAUGCUCAGCACCCACACACCCAGCUCAGACACACACUGCGAAAAACCUCAGGCCCUCUCAGCAGUGGGGUACAAUGGCAGAUAGAGAGACCAGCAACACUUCCAACAGACUUCUAUUUCUGACACACAAUCACUGCAGGAAGACUUGCUUUGCAAUAGUUUGAUGAUGUGUGCUUUGGCAACCAAAAAAAAAAAGAAUGAAAUGAAUAAAAAAAAAACUAAAUGAAAAUUGUAACUACUAAUAGUAAAUCUAAAUGUGCAAAUAAAGCCAACUGGAACAAUGACAAGCA